UUCCAAGAUUCUUUGUCCAACCUUUCACACUUCUACUUACUACUCUCACACACACUACUUUCACUCUGCAAACACACACACACACAAAGUCAUCAUCUUCUUCAAGUUCUUACAAGAACCCUACAUGUUCAAUUUCUGUUGUGGGUUUUGAUCUUUAUUAAAAUCAAAAUGAGGGGUUCAUUAGGGGCAGUAAUUGGAAGAUUCCCUUUUUCUUCUAGCAGCAAUGGUGACCAGAAUCAAAAUCUUGAAAUGGGUGACGUCAUCAGGCAUGAUAGGAAAUGUAGAGAUAUACCCUUUCUUGUUUUCUUCAUUGCAUUUUGGACUGCUUUGAUUGUUAACUCCAGUUUUGGGUUCUAUAAAGGCAACCCUUUGAGGCUUGCUCAUGGUUUGGAUUACAAAGGGAAUGUGUGUGGUGACAAGAAUGCAAGUCCGAACCUUCACGGGUUGGGAGUAAGAUAUUGGGUAAACCCUAAUCAAGUGUUUGAAAGUGGCUUCAAAGAUAGUCAUUCAGACUUAGAAGAUUUCAAAAGCAUUUGUUUAAAAGAUUGUCCUGUGCCAUCUGAAGAUGCUCUCAAGUGGGUGUGUAAUUAUCCUGAAGGGGACGAGAUACGGCUUUCAAUGAAGCAAUGGGUGGCCCGCGAAUACGAUUAUUUCUCCUUUUUAACACCUGAUAUGAAGAAAUCUUCCUUACAACUUCUUGGUCCAUGCUAUCCUGUCCUUUUUCCAAGUGUAAAUGUCUUGUGGAGUUGUGAAUUCACGGCGCGCAAAUCAAAUGCAUCUCUUGAGCAAUGGCACCAGAUGGGUGGACAAACGGUUGAUGACGGCAUGACGUUAGAUAAAACGGUUCACAAGUCCAUCAACUCUGAAUCAUCUGUCAUAAAGCGUUAUGUUGCGGAUAUUGGGAAAGCAUGGCCUGUCUUGAUUGUUUGUGGAGGACUCAUACCUUUAGUGUUAUCGCUGAUGUGGCUAGCUAUGAUUCAACGUCUUGUUGCUGCAAUGACUUGGAUAACGGUUGCCGUUUUUGAUAUUCUUAUAAUUUCCGUCACCAUGUUCUUUUAUUUAAAAGCUGGAUGGAUCGGAAAUGAUGCUAUCUCACCAAUCAUUGGCAAGCAUGAUCCUUAUUAUCACAUAUCUGGCCGGGAACGAGGCCAUCUUCAUUUCGCUGCGGUACUUAUGACAAUGGUUAUGGGUGUAGCCAUCCUCUCAUCGAUUGCCAUUGCACGCCGUAUCGUUAUGGCAACCUCUGUACUAAAGGUUGCAUCUAAGAUUAUAGGAGAAGUAAGAGCUCUAAUUAUAUUCCCAAUUAUGCCAUACGCUCUUCUCGCGAUCUUUUACAUGAUUUGGAUUUCUGCGACUCUUUACCUCCUUAGCUCGGGUGAAGUUGUUAGAGAUAGAUGCAAUGCCAAUUGUUGUGCUUAUGAUCUUCGGUCAAAACAAGUGAAUUGUGAACGUUGUUGCGGGCAUACCAUCCACUACACUCCUCAUAUAGGGCUUGCUGUUUUGUUUCAUAUAUUCGGGUGGUAUUGGGUCACACAAUUUGUCAAAGCUUUUUCUUCAACUGUUAUUGCGGGUUCCGUUGCUUCUCAUUAUUGGACCCAUGGUGAAGUUCUUCAAGAGAUUUCAUUUCUUCCUAUAUUCUCUUCAGUAAAGAGGCUAGCCAGGUAUAAUGUGGGAUCGGUGGCUAUUGGCUCACUUAUAGUUUCGUUUGUUGAGUCAUCAAGCCGGAUUCUAAAGCCGCUUCGCCGGAAACUGAUAGCUGUUGAUAUUAGCACUCACAAUCGAGCUGGAAAAUUUUUGUCUGUUUCUUCCCAUUACGCCCUUACAUUUAUCGAGUGGAUCAUCAAGUCGGUCAACCACAACGCUUACAUAAUGAUUGCCAUCACAGGUGAAAGCUUUUUUGCAGCUUCUGCAAUGGCAACUGAGUUGAUUAAGAACAAUAUUCUUCGAAUAGGGAAGGUGAAUGUAAUCGGAAAUGUUAUUCUUUUUCUUGGGAAGUUAUGUGUUAGCCUAGCAAGUGCUUUGUUUGCAUUCCUUAUGUUGGAUACGCACGCGUAUAAAUCCGCACACAACAAGGUCUCCUCGCCACUGAUCCCAGUGCUAGUAUGUUGGGGUCUCGGUUUUGUGGUCGCAACACUCUUUUUCGCGGUGGUUGAGGUAUCAAUAGACACCAUUAUACUUUCAUAUUGUCAAGAUUCUGAGGAACAUAGAGGCACUACACAAUAUGCCACACCACUUCUCCUACAACCCCUAGAAGACCAUAAUGAGAUGGAUAGUCAUGAACAAUGAGCAAGUAAUCUUCUGUUCUUGCUAUACAACUGCCAAAGCAUAUGGUACAACAUUCUGUCCGGGCGACUGUUUUGAUCUCUAGAAUAUCAUGUAUUUAUACUUAUAAGGUUAGGAUAGCUUCCCCCUUGCGCGCCAUUGGUUUAUAUGGGUUAUGGACAUUUAUUUGCCACGGUUUUUGACAAUAUAAACGAACAAAAACAAACGAUCUAUAAAUGACAGGCUAUGGUUUUGAGA